UGUGCCGCAGAGGCGGCGGCGGCGCCGGGCGGGAGCGGCCGCGACACCGGGACCGAUACCGGGACCGACACCGGCAGCAGCAUCGGCACCGGCCGCACUAUGACUCUGGAGGAGCUGCCCGGUGACCUCUGCACAGCCGGGAGGAUGGAGCAGGCGGGGGACGCGCUGGAGGAGGUGCUGAGCAAGGCGCUGAGCCAGCGGAGCCUCACCCUGGGCGUCUACGAGGCCGCCAAGCUGCUGAACGUGGACCCGGACAACGUCGUGUUGUGUCUCCUGGCGGCUGACGAAGAGGAGGAAGGGGACGCGGCCCUGCAGAUCCACUUCACCUUGAUCCAGGCCUUUUGCUGCGAGAACGACAUCAACAUCCUGCGGGUCAGCAACCCGAGCCGCCUGGCCCAGCUCCUGCUGCCCGCCACCGGCCCCGAACCCCCCGCCGACCUCCACUGCGUCCUGGUCACGAACCCUCACGCCUCGCAGUGGAAGGAUCCAGCGCUGAGUCAGCUGAUGGGGUUUUGCCGGGAGAGUCGGUACAUGGAUCAGUGGGUGCCGGUGAUUAACCUCCCCGAGCGGUGACCGCGGCCCAGGCCCACAACAAACUCAACCCAAUUGCACUGAAGUUUUGCAAUAUUUUAGCAGUUGCUCAGGAAGUAAAGCCCUGCCCUGGCACGAGGAAUAUGGGGGGGGAGGAUUUUGAGAGAGGGGGGAAAAAAAAAAAAAAGGAAAAAAAAAAAAGAUAAAAGUAAACGGUGUCAAAAAAAAACACACAAAAAAGAAAACUAAACAAAAAAAAACCCCAAAAAAGAUAAAACUUGAGAUGAAGUUGAACUAUGAGUUGUGUGGGACUGAAGAAAAGCACCUGGGGAUGAGGUGGGAAGCAGAGAGGGAAGAGGCAGAGGAUGGAGCCCUGCCUGCCCAGGGUGCCACACGCCGGGUCACCAAACCCCCCUCUGCCACCAGCCAGCCACCAGGGUUCUCUUGAUUUUCAAAGUGCAACUUAAAACGUUUCUGGUUUAAAUAAGAG